GUGUCUCAGAAUGAAGUUAAAAUAAAACUGACGUGUAAUUAAAAUAUGAACUCCUAAAAUUAAAAGUAGAAGUAGAAACAUCGGCAUCGGCAUUGUUCAGUCUCAGUCCAGUCAGGUGUUUUUGUUUGUGGAAAUCGAAACUUGAUAUUAUUACAAUAAUUCAAUAAUUGUGUCUUUGCUAUUGACUUUUUUAACUACUGUGUUGGUCUAAUUACCCACUGUUCCACUGUUGUGUCAACAUGCAACAAAAUGGGAACGUGAAUAACGAAAAUAGAAAUAAUCAUCCAGGCAGGAGGGGUAAUGGAAACUGGAGAAAUCGUGAUGGUGGACCAGCUCCUAAUUUCUCCAGGAAUCAAAACUGGAGGGAACGUAAUCGUGGUUCUGAUGCUAUACCUGAACAUGGUCGUGGUGGAGGACGGGGUCGUGGUUUUGAUCCUAGACCCGAACGUGGUCGUGGUGGUGGACGGGGUCGUGGUCAUUAUUAUGUCCCUGGUAAUGACGAUGAUACUGGUAAUGAUCGUGGCUUUAUCCCUGGGAAGACAGAAUAUAAUGAAUCAAACAGAACGCGUAAACCGCGUCAGAUGGGAUUCAGAGCAUUGGAAGAAUUGAUUAAUAAUGACAACAUUGAAGAUAUUAUUUUAGAUCUUAAUGAUAGCAAGAAAGGUUUUAAAACAUUACUGGGUAGUCAAUUAUCGACAGAUAUGAUUGUUUUGGUUGUAAAAAUGUUAGCUAAAAUAUGCGAUUCCGCUUUUGAUGCUUCGAAGACUAAAGUACUACAAUAUGCGAUCGAAAGUGACUUUGCCAAUCAAGUGACCUCUUUUAUAACUCUCUUGGCUGUUCAGAAUUCAAGAGACAAAAUGUAUAAUAAGUACUUUUGGAAGGAUACUGAUGAUUUUUGGAAUAAUAUAAUCAAAAUAUCAGAACAUUAUUAUGACUUAUUGCCUUUAACUUCCUGCGAUUUUACAGUAAAACUUUUAAAAUCUGUUAAACUCAGUAUCCCUUUGAUAGAAGAAAGUCAUUCAAUACAUAUUUCUGAUGGAAUCAAAAACAAGGUUGCUAGUAUACUGGAAGUGGUUGAAAAGAGACAGAAAGAAAUAGAGGCAAAGAAAAAUAUAAAAAAGGAUCCAAAUGUCAACUCGAAGCUUGAAGAACCACCGGACGAUUUUCGAGAAAUAAGUGUUUAUCCAUCGACUGUAGAAAUUACCACAGAAAACUCUCCAUUUCUAAGAAAGAACAUUGUGGAGGGCCCUUAUCCAGAUGUUAAUACUUACUUAGAUAUACAAUAUCGCUUAUAUAGAGAAGAUUUUGUAAUGCCUCUAAGAAAAGGAAUAUGUGGGUACAUCAAAAACCCACGAGAUAAACAGCAGGAUAUUAAAGUGUACGAAGGUGUCAAGUUUCUCAAUGCGGAAUCUAUAAACGACCAAAAUUGUCAGAGAAUCCAAUUUGAUUUCUCUAACAAGAAAACAAAGUUUGAGUACGAGAAUUCCAAAAGAUUUAUGUUUGGUUCUUUGCUGUGUUUUACAGAUGAUAGGUUUAAAACACUACUUUUCGGAAAAAUUGUAGACCGAAAGGCAGAAUUGCUAGGAAAUGGUCAGCUCAUCGUUGGGUUUAGUUCAGAUAUGGAGUUACCUGCAGGUCUCUAUGACAAAUCUUUUUUGUUGGUUGAGAGCAAAGUUUAUUUUGAACCUUAUUAUCAAGUUCUUACUGUUUUAAAAAAUAUGCCAAUUGAACAUUUUCCUAUGGAAAGAUAUAUCAUACAAGUGCUUACAGACACAAGACCUCCCCAGUAUCUCUUGAAAAUAGAUCCAGUUUUUUAUACCAUAGAGCGUACCAGAUUUUGGCCUCUGAAUUGGGGUGACCGACAAUUUUAUGGUUUGAAUGAAGCCCAAAAUAAAGCUUUUCAAUCUGCGCUAACCAGGGAAUUCGCAAUCAUACAAGGACCUCCAGGAACUGGCAAAACAUUUCUGGGAUUAAAAAUUGCUAGAACAAUGUUAAAAAAUAGCGAAGCAUGGUAUAGCGACUCUCCCAUGUUAGUAAUUUGUUUUACAAAUCACGCGUUGGACCAGUUCUUGGAAGGAUUGCUGCCAACAACAGAUGAGAUCGUCCGUGUAGGUGGACAAUCAAAAAGUGAAAAACUAAACGAUUACAAUCUUCGGAAUAGAAAAAGAGUUCGAGCUUCUCCAAAUCGAGCUGUCUCUGAAAGGCAUUUCGUAGUAAGGAACCUUAUGCGAGAUAUCGGAUCAAUAAAUGGAUAUCUAAACAUAAUCGCAAAGUAUGACACUGUGGUCGAUUUUGGUGCAUUUUCAGGUGUGGUACCAGAAUAUGCGACAUCUUGGUUUGCAAAAGCCCAAAAAGAACAUAUUAUUGACUGGUUAUUUGGAGGUGAUAAUAGACAAUUUAGACAGAGACCAGUAAAUGAUGUUCAAAAUAAUCAGAAUAAUAUAAAUAACGAAGAUAAUCCUCUACAAAACGAAGAAAAUGAAAAUAAUGAGAGGGAACCCGAUGAAAUUGUAGACGAUAUUUUUCAAAACCUAGAAGUAGAACCUUUACGUGCGCUUGUAAGCAAAGACGAUCUGUCUAAACAAAUGAUGUUGAUCGGUAGUGAGGUCCAUGAUUUAAUGGAAAAAGAUGGUUUUAGUCAAUAUGAAAGAGAAAUGCGGAAAGCCGAAUAUGAAAUGAAACUAUAUACAAUAGAAAACCAAUUGGAGUAUUUAAAGUUUCGGUUACAAGAAGCAAAGGCACAGAAAUUAGGCCCACCAGAUUACAUUAAUUUGGAAAAUCCUCAUUUUAUGUCUGCUGAUGAUAGAUGGAAAUUGUAUUUUCAAUGGAUUUACAUUUAUGAAAUAUAUUUGCUUAACCAAAAAGCUGUGCUGAGUGCUAAGUUCAGAGAAGAGUACGCUGUGUAUUCAGAAAUGCGUGACAUAGAAGAUACCAACGUUAUGAAAGAAGCUUUAGUUGUCGGAAUGACAACAACCGGAGCAGCUCGUCUUAAUACGUCAUUAAAAGUUCUAAAAAGUCCAAUAGUUAUAGUAGAAGAAGCUGCCGAAGUAUUAGAAUCCCAUAUAAUAACCGCUCUUACACCACAUUGUCAACAUUUAAUUUUAAUAGGUGAUCAUCAGCAGUUAAAACCUAGUACAGCUAGUUAUCAUAUAGAAACAAAGUAUAAAUUAAAUAUAAGUCUUUUCCAAAGAAUGGUUGACAAUAACGUGGAAUGUCAUACAUUGAAUAUACAGCAUAGAAUGAGACCAGAAAUUGCCAACUUAAUUAGACCUACUAUUUACCCAGUUCUACAUGAUCACGAGUCGGUACUUGAUCGACCAAAUAUUCUAGGAAUUGAACAUACACUAUUUUUUAUUGAUCACGAACAUAAAGAAGCCGUGUGUAAUGAUAACAGUAAGAAAAAUGUACACGAAUCUAAAUUUUUAAUGCAGUUGGCAAAGCAUUUAGUCUUAAAUGGUUAUGAGGCGGAGAAUAUUAUUAUAUUAGCUGCUUAUUUGGGACAAAUGUUUGAAAUGCAACGAGAACGCAGAAUUCAUAGGCAUUUAUUAGAGAAUGUUAGGAUUGCUGUUUUGGAUAACUAUCAAGGAGAAGAAAGCGACAUUGUGCUACUAUCGUUGGUCAGAAGUAAUAAAGAAAACAAAAUUGGAUUUUUAAGGAUAGAAAACAGAGUCUGUGUGGCUUUAUCUAGAGCCAGAAAUGGAUUUUACAUAAUGGGAAAUAUGAAACAGUUACGUGAAAAUAGUGAGAUUUGGCCUCAAGUAGAAGACACUCUUAAAAAACAAGAAGCAAUUGGUUCUUAUUUAACGCUUCGGUGUCAAGUUCAUCGGGAUCAAAUCACUAAAGUCAAAUCUGGGGAAGAUUUUUUGAAAAUACCAGAGGGCGGUUGUACAUUGAAAUGUGGGGCUCAAUUAAAAUGUAGCCACUUUUGUACAAGAAUAUGUCACGUUUUAGAUAGAGAUCAUGCAGACUAUCUUUGCAGACAACCAUGUACAAGUAUUCUUUGUGAUGAUAUGACGCACAUAUGCCAAAAAUAUUGUUAUGAAGAAUGUGGUCCAUGCAACUAUCCUGUUCGGCGAGAGCUUAAAUGUGGUCACGUAGCCACCAUGGAAUGUCAUAUGGAUCCUGAUAAAUACAAGUGCAAUACUUUGGUUAAUACCGAACUUCAAUGUGGCCAUAACGCAGAAAAGCCUUGUCAUAUUGAGCCAGACAAAUUUCCAUGUCAAAUUCCAUGUGAUGUUAGAGUUGAGCCAUGUGGACAUGCUUGUAUUAGAAAGUGCCAUGUUAACGAUGAUCCUGAUCAUCUACAGUAUAAGUGUCAAAAACCCUGCGAACGAGAACGCAAGGGAUGUACAAGUAUGGAAGAACCUCAUAAAUGUAACAAAGCGUGCUUUGAGGAAUGCUCACAGUGUGAGAUCGCAGUUCAGAAAAGGCGUACCAAAUGUUCCCAUAUGUUCAAGAUAGCCUGCUUUUUGGAUCCUGACACUAUAAUUUGCCAAAAACCUUGUAAGAGGGAACUUCCAUGUGGUCAUAUUUGUAAGAAGACAUGUGAGGAACCUUGCGGAGAUUGUACAGUGUUGGUAGAGAAAACUGUACCAGGCUGCAAUCACGUUAUAAAAAUUGAAUGUAAAAAUGAAGCCGACAGAAAAUACUGUAAAGAUGGUAUAUGUCCCCGUAUUUUACCAUGCGGUCAUCAAUGCAAGAAAAAAUGUAAUGAACCCUGUAGAACAAGGUGUAAAGAAUUGGUGAAUUGCAACAUACCAAGCCCUUGUGGACAUGUAAUCAAGAAAAUUCAAUGUUAUUAUAAAGAAAGCGAUGAUCCGAAGAUAUUGCUAGCUCUAUGCUCAGAGCCCUGUAACCUUAAACUUCAGUGUGAACACACUUGUAGUGGUACAUGUGGGGAGUGUUUUCAAGGACGUUUCCAUAAAAAAUGUGAUGAAAAAUGUGGGGUCCCAUUGGUUUGUAAUCACGAAUGCACUAUACCAUGCAGAGAAGCCUGUCAACCAUGCCAAAAACCAUGUAGUUACCGGUGUAAACAUAGCAAAUGUAAAAAAGGAUGUGGAGAACCAUGUACAAAUUGCAAAGAAGCUUGUGUUAGAAAAUGCGAACAUCAAGAAUGUAAGCGACGUUGUGGAGAAAUAUGUAACGUGCCACCAUGUUAUAAACCAUGUCCAAAGAAAAUUAGAAGAUGUCGUCACCCAUGCAUAGGCUUUUGUGGAGAUCCUUGUCCAUCUUUAUGUAGAAUUUGUAAUGCUGAAGAAUUGACCGAAUUUUUCUUCGGAACAGAAGAUGAAGAAGAUGCCCGAUUUGUCUUGUUAGUUGAUUGCGGACAUAUUUUAGAGUCAUCUGGUAUGGAACAGUGGCUGGAAACUGAUGAGGACCAAAUUAAACCAAAAGUAUGUCCCAAAUGUAAAACGGUUAUAAAAUCAACGCAACGGUAUAGUGAAUAUGUAAAAGGAAACCUAUUAGAUUUACAGAAAGUUAAAACAAAGUUUUACGGGACAGACAAGGAAAAUAAAGAAGUAAAAGCCAAUUUGCAAUCUGAAUUACAGCUACUUAUUAGGGAGUUCUACUCUUUUGGUGCAGAAAGGGUGACAACGGACUUAAAUAAAUUAAAUUCUCGUUUACAAGAGAGUAUAAAUAAUCGGCGUCAGCACAUAAACAAACUCGGACUUGCCGCAAUUAGAUCAAAAGUGGAUCUAUUUAAACUAUUAUUAGAUCCACUAAAGAAUAACAAAGUACAAUUACAAAAUACACCGAUGUCGAUGAUUCAAAUCAAAUUUAUAUCAGACUGUCUGAUGGAACAUAUUGACUCAAUAAGUACACAACAAUGUGAUGACAUAAUGUUAGAGAUUGAUCGAUUCUACAAAUGGCUGCAGUUUGAGAGCAUAAUGUAUAGACCCUAUUUAUAUAAAUCAAAAGUCAAACGUAUGGUUCAAACAGUAACACAGCUUUUGGAUAUGCCCUACCGAUUUACUAAGUCUAGAAACGAUCUUGUUAAAAUACAGUUAGAAGAUCUAAAAAAAGAAACUGCUUCAAAUAUUCCUUUAACUGACGCCGAAAGAAAAGAAAUUGUGAAAGCAAUGGGUUUUAAACAAGGCCAUUGGUAUAAAUGUCCCAAUGGACAUCCAUAUUGUAUUGCAGAUUGUGGCGGAGCAAUGGUUACGUCAGUUUGCAAUGAAUGUCAGGCACCAAUUGGAGGCACUUCACAUAGAUUGUUAUCUACGAAUCAAGUAGCAACAGAAAUGGAUGGAGCAAGAUAUGGAGCUUGGUCAGAACAAGCAAACAUGAAUAAUUAUAAUUUUGAUUUUGAUUAAGGGAUUGGACGCUACAAUUAUUAUAACUGCAAAUAAAUGUGUUUAAAACUACGAUUGUUUAAAAUAAAAAAUAUUAUUAUUGUUACUUUAGAUUUAUGUUUAGUUCAACAAAUAAAGUAUUGUUAUUAUUAA